GACGUGUUAUACGUCAUACAUUGUAUUCAUUGUAAUAAGUUGAUCCUCACGAGUUGAUGUCAUGGCUCCUAGCUAAUAGGACGACCUUCUUCGCGCGUUUUUCCCCUUAAUUACCGUGGUCCUGAUUGAGCUUAUCCAGCGACUCGAGUUUUACAAUCGGCCCCUCGUUUAUCGGAAACUCCCACGCUAUAUCCUCGCUGGUCUGUCUCGAGGAGUCCUGUUGCCGGGGUCCGCUCGUCUGUCCCCUGCUACUACCCUCGUGUCUACUCUACGAUCGCUUAUUGAAUGAGCUGUAUCUACCGCAAGGUACGCUUUUGUCAACGACGUGUUACGUAUUCUUUCCAUGAUACCGAUUUACGUAAUCACGUUUGACAUUGUCGAUAUUGUCGUUUGACAUUGUGGAUACAAUUAGACGGGUCAUUGUUGAUCGAAAUUCAUUGCUCUGAGCCUUACGAGUACAUUUGCCAACAGCACUCAUGGCUGAUUAUUCCCUCUCGGAGAUUGUUGAUAUGCUCCUUGUUCUUGGAGAAUGUCAUAUGAAUUAUCAUGAAGCUUCGCGAGUGUACCAGAAUCGUUAUCCCGACAGGGCACAACAUCCGAAUCAUUCCGCAAUGUAUUACAUUGAACAAAGAGUUCGUCAAAGCCGUCUCUUGCGUCAAAGAGCACAUCAUGUGUAUAAUGAAGACGAUGUGCGUGUCCUUGUUGUCUUGGCAGCUAUACAUCUUAAUGCUCAUAUAAGUACCCGAGUUAUGGCUAGAGAAAUUGGCAUUCCAAGAACAACGAUCCGGAGAAUUUUGAGGCAAAGGAAUUAUCAUCCUUACCAUGUAACCCUUACGCAGGCUCUUACACAAAACGAUAUGCAGUUGCGGGUACAAUUUUGUCUAUGGGCGCAACAGAUGAUCAGAGCUGACCAGAAUUUCUUCUAUCAUGUUAUGUUCUCUGAUGAGUCAACGUUCAAAAAUAAUGGUGAAAUAAAUAAACAUAAUUGUCAUUACUGGUCGAAUGUUAAUCCCAUUGGCAUAGACAAGUAGAUAACCAGCAUCGCUGGAGUGUAAAUGUUUGGUGUGGGAUUAUAAACGGUUACUUGAUUGGUCCUUAUUUCUUCGACGGAAAUGUUAAUAGAGAAAAUUUUUUGGAAUUUCUCAGGGAUCAUUUACCACAAUUACUCGAAGACGUUGAUCUCCAUACACGACAGAGAAUGCAGAUACAACUAGACGGGGCGCCUCCACACUAUGCGGUAAUAGUAAGAAAUUUUCUGAAUCAGAAAUACAAUAACAGGUGGAUUGGACGAGGUGGACCUGUCCCGUGGCCCCCUCGAUCACCUGAUCUGACUUCACCCGAUUUCUUUUUAUGGGGUUCAUUCGAUAGAAAGAUCUGUCGAAUCGUG